AUGGAAGAGUCAGAAACCCUUCCAACUCUUGCGUCUUCUCUCGAGUGGUUCUCUACGCCUCCGCAGCGCGUCCGCGGCAUCCUCGCGGCAGGCGCGGACGGCUUUGUGAGGAGCUGCGUGAAAUCAAAUGAAGGAAACCCUGACUCGUUUUCCUCUCCCGCUCCUUCUCGCCCGGGUCCCCAGUCUUGGGCUGAUGAAAGACGAAAGUUCCAUGCAAGCGCUGCGAUGCCGUCUGCGCGGCCGCCUACCUCCUCACGUGCGCUGUCCGUUGCAGAGUCUCCUCGCGUCCCGGCUUCGGCCGCCGGGGUCGACGGCGGCGGCUCCCAUUCAGAGGCCUGCGGCGGAGGCGCGUUGCUGUCUUGCGUCUCAUCGUCUCCGACCGCCAGACCGCCCACACUGGAGAGCGGAGUCUCUUGUCUCCGCGACGUGGAGACCGAAAGCAUGGGGGCGAGUGCGAGGGUCACCCGCAGCCAAGAGGACGCAUCGUCGACUCCAGCUGCGGCCGCGCCCACGCGGGUUAAGACAGAAGAGGACGGAAAGCUGGAAAAGUCUCCGAGUUCUUUUCCUGCUCGCACGCUCGAGAGAAGCACUUGCGCAGAGGACCGGCUCAGUGGCUCUCCGUGCCCAACGUCCACGUCGUCAUCUCCAUCUCUUCUCUCGUCGUCGACAAGCAACUCCGUCGAGUGCUUCGCCGCGUCGACUAGAUGCGCGCCGGAGAAGACAGCCUCUCUCCCUCCUGCCCGCGCGUGCGCGUCUUCCGCGGCGGCUGCGGUGAAUCGCGGCGGCGCGCUGUCGGGGGAUAUCCGCACAGAAGAAUCAAGGCCGUCAAGCGGUUGUGUCUCGCGUCCUGAGCAGGGGAACGAGGUUGUGUCCUCCUCCUCUUCUCACGCGGGGCUGACGUGGAUUUCUCGUACCCACCCUUCCAUCAUCGCGUCUCCGCCCUCUUCUCCGUAUCCGCGCCAGCGCGAAGGCGACGCCCCUCUCAGUAAAACGUUCUGGCUCUCCCCCUUUCCGCCGCCUUCCAAGGACGGGGCUGACGGCGCGUGGAAAGACAAUCCAGUGGGGCGGUGCGACCAGCCUCACGAGAAAUGCGCUCCUGCGUUCGCCUCCUCGUCUGCAUGUGGCGACGACAAUGGGAGGUGUAGCGGAGGCGUAGCGGAUCAAGAAGAGGAUGCACAGAGGCUGCCAUCGUUGAUGAGCAACCACAGCGAGUCUGCCUUUUCGUCUUUUUCUUCCUCGUCGCUGUCCUGCUCCUCUGCCGCGUCGUCGUGUGCAGCCCCCGCCGCACGCGCCGUUCCGCCGGCUCCAUGCUCCACAGUCGCUGAGGUUGCUGCGUUAUUUGAUCCCUGCCCGUGCGAGGAUUUGUUUUUAGAGUCCUCUCCUGCGACAGCAGACUUGACCUACUCCACGCUGCUGCCAGGCUCUGCGUUCCUCGAGCGUGAGUUUGUCUCGUCUUUGUCUCUCUCACUCCCCGCAGUUAUUUCCUUCUUGUUCUCUCUUUUCAAUGGGGAUCCGCGCUUGGGCUUGCUCACCCCCACGGCGAAGUUCAUGGCUUGGCGCUCCCUCGUGUAUCUCGCCGACCUGCAUUCCGGGAAGCUCUCGGCAUCCCCGGCUUCAGUGGAAACAGCAGCAGGGGCCCUGGGGCGGGGUGGAUAUCGAGCUGCUGCGGCCCGCGGGCCUUUCUACCGGGGCUCUCACGCCCAGCAGAGUAGCGCUUCGCAAACUGGGCCUUUUGAGUGUGUCGCGACGUCCAAGGGGAAGCGAUCCGUACGCCACGCCGUAGUUGGAGACAGGCCGGCGUCAUCCACAGGUAGCCAAAGCUCCUCCGUUCCCCCUUCUCUUCCGGCUACGCUACGCAGCUCGGGGCCUCUGGGGACCGGUGCGCCGACCACAGCGUCGUCGCAUACGCGAGGCCUGUUUGGGAAGGCGCCUCUCGCGUCGUCGAGGCCGCCGGUGUCGCAGGACAGAGCGGACGAGAAGAGGCACGAAGGCGGAGCGACACCUCCCAGUAGAAGUCUUGGUAGCUUCGAUUUCUUUAAAAUUCCGCGAACCAGUUUGCCAGGCCUUCCGCGGGGCCCCGAGGGAGACAGUGAAGCAGACGCACUGAAAGCGGCGGAGGACCUCUGGGCGGCUGCAAGGGCCGCCAACGUCGCCUCCGCUACCGACGUUUCCAGCACGCAUGCGCCUGCGCCCUCGUCCUCUGGAUCUCGGCGUCAGCGUGGCUCUGCGGAGGACGCGAACGACGGCGGGGUCGCACAGGCUCCCUUGGAUGAGGCCGGCGGCAGCGGGGCUGGCGGCAGCCUCGCGAAGGUGGGGGCGGUCGACAGGGCGUCGCUCGGAGGUAGUGGCCUGGGGACAGAGGAGCAAGAUGCCCAGCAGACUCGCUCGUGGCGAGGCGAAGCUGUAGACGCUUCAGUGCAAAGUGGAGUGCCGCAGGCUCGCCGGACGGGGCCCGAAACAGCCGCGCCGCGCAGUGAGGCUGACCGAAGCCGCAGAGGACAGGGUGGUCACGCGUCCCUUGAGGACGACAAGGGCAAACUUGAUACCAGAAGCGAGGCUUCGUCGUCACUCUCGUCCUCCUUGCCUCCGUGCGCAGGGCCGCCGUCUUCGUCGCGAACAGCCUCGUCGGUGCGGACGUCGUCUUCCCCGCAAGGCGAAACUCAGCUUCAAGAACAAAUCAGCCUCCUGCUCCAAAGUGGGGACGAGCAGCAAGUCGUGGGCUACGAAGAAAAUUUCCCGCGCUUCGUGUGCGGAACUAUUGAUCGGCGGUGGGCGCUCCAGCAGAGAACUGUCAAGGUUCCGCUCGACAAAACCGUGUCUGUUUCCUGCGGCAAUCAGGGAGCGAAGGAGCAGGCCGAGAGACGUGGAAGCAUCUCGGCCGUCGAGGGCAGCAAGAAGAAACCGGAUACGCAUUCCGAGAGCACAGCGGGGAGAGACAGAGGAACCGGGAGCAUGAUGCUCGAGCUGCAGUUCGAGGAAAUUCGCUAUAGCGCGGCCAAACGCAUGUGGCCCCGAAAAAUCACUGUCCUCCCCGAAAGGCUUGCAGCUGGCUUGCAAGUUCAGGUGGCGUGCUACGCGAAGGUGCUUGAGCGCGGCGACAACUCCGUGAGCAGCCGAGAGAGCCGACUCGGUUGGACCGACGAGGAGAGCAGGCUCGUGUGGAGAGACGGAGAAGUCACCAAAGUUCUUCCUGCGUCUGGCGAGAUCUACGUGCGCGUUCAGGCGAGCUACCAAGACUACAAGAGCAUGAAGUACUCCGUGACAGACUUCGUCCCUCCGUCUGUGCCGGUCGCCCGCCCCCACGACAAACUCUGGCGGCUCCGGCCGCCGCUCGCCGAGGCCGCCGGCGACCUCUACCCCGGCUCCUGCAUCUGCAUGAGCAUCACGCCGACCGCGCCCGCCACCUGCGCCACGGGUCGACCGGUCUUCUACGUAGAUGCCGUCGUUCAUCAGGUCUUCUACUCCACAGAGGACGCGCGCGAAUGCCGCCGGCGCUGCGCCAAGUACCGCGCGGAGCACCUCGCCGCCUCCUCGGGUCUCGGCGCCCAGACGGGCAGCGCACGCUUCUCAGCAAACCCAUUGGCAGGCAAAAAGAAAGGCGAAACACAAGCGCCGGCCGCCGGCUCUAAGCGCCGAAGGUCGGGAGGGGACGAGGGGAAAGCCUCCGCGACUGGGCUCGAAGACGCGAAGAAACAGGAGGACGCUUCCAAGGCGCCAGCGACGCGCAGCACCCGACUGCAGCUCCGCUCGUCGUCGGCGAGAGAGAGUCACAAGGCGCCUGGCAGACCUGCCUCCUCCUCCGCUGGUCCGCCGAGUGUGGCGGGCAAGCCUCGUACACGAAGCGCGACGAGUUGCUCUGAAGAGCCUGGCGCCGCCCGAGACCGGCGAGAGAGUCCGCGCGGGUUCGAGGGAGAGACGGGCGAGGGCGGGCGAACGACGCGGCCGUCUUCGCCUGCUGCGUCGGCCUCUGUUGAGAUGCGUGAGGUGAACGAGCGUGAGGCUGAAAAGCGUGAACUGCCUGUCGAAUCUCUGGUUCACCCGAUUGAAGGCCUUCGCUGCCCGCGGGGCCGGAAACCCGUUGAGAUCCACGUUCUGCUGUUGUCUGGCGGCUCGUUGACCGAAGACGUGUGCCGAGUCGCCGGCAGGCAGAUCCUGAAGCUCCCUUACGACCUCCACGCGCAUUUUGACGAACUGGCGCCAGACACUUCACGUCACCUUCCUGCGGACAGCUUGCCAGACAAGUGCGACGAAGCGGCGUCUGAGAAGGGUGAAGAUCUGUCUACCGCAGGCGCGUCGACGGCAACCGGGAGCAACGCGUUCUCCGAAGAGCUAGGCGCAAAGCAACUGGCGAAUUCGCGAGAGCCCAAGGCACCCAAGCCUCCCCAGCUUUCCUCCGCUAUCGGUCCCGCGGGGCAGACGAUGCCAAUGAAGCUUCCGCGAGCCUCCUCGCAAGCGAGUGCCUUCAUGUGGGUGGUUCCCCGGGCUCUGAGCCACGAGGUGGCCUACACAGCAAAGGGCAGGACGCGGACGUUCAGCUCCGAUUACUUCUUCCCCGCUCUCCAUGCCAGCGGGGGGGCGUCCCAUCAUUCGGACCACCGCGGCGGGCAGGGCGGGACGCCGAGCUCCUCGUCGCUUUCAGCUGCGCCCUGCCUAGCGGAUCCCAGUCGCUGGGAGUCGCGAACCAAGGACCGGGCGAAGGACUGGCUGGACUAUCCGCCGUUUGUGCUUUGCUGCUUCCGGUUCCACCCGGACAGCCGGUACUACCGAGGCCACACGCAGCUGCUACGGUAUCUGCAGCCCGAGUUGGAUAUCACUGCUCUCACAAAGGGGUCGUGGAAACUCAAGUUUCCAGUGUAUCGCGCGCAGCCUGAAGACGGGGGCCAGCUCUUCAUGCACCCCUCCAGAUCUGCACUCGAGCCAGUCUUUUCCGUGGCCGCUGAACGCCUGGCAAAGAGUGAUGAGAAGCGGGAAACAGAGGGGCGCGGCGACGGGAAGCGCCCUGGAAGUAGCGCCGCCUCUCAGGGCCAGUCUGCAUUCGCGGCAACGCCGGCCGCUGGCUCGGAGAGGGAGGAUUGUCUGGAGCUAUCUCCUUCGCCGGAUAUUUCUUCGGGCGCGGCGUCCCGGAAAGUGAGUUCCGCCGAAGUGGAAAAGAAAGUUGGAGUCGCAGUCGCAAACUCGCCUGAGAAGAAACGGGGAGAACUGGAUGCAUCUCGGAGGGAAACGGCUGAAGAGGACGAGCAGGGCGGAACGGCGUCCAGCGUCAAGGAGGAGACUGCGCAAGCCUCGCAGGGAGCAGCGAAAGACGCGACGAGUCACAGGUGGACUGCGGAGAUCAAGUGCGAGCAACUGGCGCGGACGAUGACAAGUGAGGAGACUUCCAGCGACGUUCCCCCGGGGAGAGAAGGCAUCAAACGAAAGCAGGAGUAUCCCGAGGAGGACGAGUUAGAGGACGGGGACAGAACAAAGAAAGAUCGACAGACACGCAGGGAGCAGACCAUCGCAGGCCAAGAGAAGCCGGUGGCGGAAGCUAAAGAGAGCGCCGGCGGGGCUACCAUACAUACGCACAAACGCACCGAGAGAGCAGACGGGCGAGAAGACGAGUCCAGGCUUGUGAAGCGAGGCAAGAUCGGCUGGGAAUCUCCUCGGGACUAUGCUGCGUGGACGGCUGGGCGACGCUCCGCUAGGACCACCAGCAACCAGAGUCUAGUUGACGAUAGGCAGAGGCAGGAAAGCGACGGCGCACUGAACUCAUCGCUGCAGAGAAAACGUGGCGCGGAGACAACGGCGAACGCCGGGGCGGGCGCUGUGAUGGGAAUGCAGGGAGAGGAUGCGGCGAAUGGCGCGGAAACGGUGAGCAAUGCAGCAAGGCGCUUGUGGACUCUUGGAGAUAUCAAAGAACGUUUAUGGCGUUUUUUAGCAAAUGACAGAGCCCGCCGAAGUGAGCUCGCCCGAGAGCAUCUUCUCCUUCAGAGGGAAGACGAAGAGGAUGAGGACUCGGCGUGGCAACUGCGUGCCGCUGCGGCCGCCGGCGGGGUCGUCAUGGGCCAGAGCUGGCGCGGAAGCGGCGAAGGAGUCGCGGACGGGGAUGAGGCGAGGCCUGCGCAGAGUCUGCGGCCCGCUGCCCGGGGGCUGGAGGCGUACGGUAUGCGUUUCGUCGCAGGGAUCGGCAGGGGACCCCAAGCCGCGGGCGCGGAGAAAGAGGAGACAGACCGAUGGAGACAGGGGGAGUCUGGCGGUUCGCUUCUGGCGUCAGACCCGUGGCGAGGCGGGAGCGUAAGUUCUUCUUCCUCGCCUCGUCUCGGGGGGGCGAAGACCGACGACGAAGACAAAGCAGAGGGAGAGAGGGUCGGCACUUCGGGCCUGUCAAUUUCGGACGUCGCGAGAUUUCUCCUGAAGCAACAACCGCUUCAGCGUGCGGGAGGGGAGGGCACCGCGGUAUGGGCGGCGCUUCGUUCGCCUCCCUGCGUCACAGUGAACCGGACGAUGCAUUACACUCCCUCGUCGCUGCAACCGCCCCGCUCAGAUGCCUCGUCGCUUUUUGACCGUUCCGCCGUCUCGAGGCGCUCAUUUGUGUCUCCACGCGAUGGGGAAGAUACCCGAGAAGAAGGACUUCUUUGCCAGCGUCCUUCCGCCCAGGACGGCGGCGGUCGCCUGCGUGAAGGGCGGGGUGCGGACGGCAGGGAGAGCAGGAGUGGCGAGACGUCGGGCUUCUGUCUGUCUCCCGAGGGCAGCGUUAAGGGAGGAGGAAGGGAGCUAGAAGCGGCCGGCUCGCCCCCCGCCCUGCAUGGCGAGAAGGGACGCCUACUCGAGGAUCUGUGCGCGCUGGAGGAAUCGCUGCUCAGGUGCGACGGCGCCUCGGCUCUGGUUAGCCUUUUCAAGAGGGGCUACGGACGCGCAGGCGAUGCACAGGAUGAGGAGGCGAGGGCUGGGGCGGGACGGCUAGAACGGACAGAAGAGGCAGAGGACGGCGUGGAGUGCGAGGAGACAACGGCCAGGCGCGGAAAGAUAGUCCUGGGGACGGGUUUGCCCUAUUCAGGAGCGGGAUCGAGCGCCGACGUUGGUCACCUCGAGGCAACUGGAGAAGAAGAGGUCCAACGCCAGGGGUCGCCCACGGAUGCCGACGGCGGCGUAGAGAGCCAGUCCUCACGCGGACGAGUUGGCAAAGGCAGCAGCCCAUUCGAGAGCGGCGAAAGCAGCCGGCGUCCUAGCCACGAGACUGGAGUCCGCUGCAAAGACGCGGUGGAGCCAUCUCGUCUUAGGUCAGAACACCAGAAGAAGGAUUCAACAGUGCAGGACGAAGGGGGAGCAACUUCAGGAGGAGAGAGGACGAGUUCAGCGACUAUUGUACGGCGGUGUCACAGCGGAACUUCUAGCGCAGCUCCGAGUCGUAGGUCAAGUACUCCUCGCUCUCGGUCGCUUGGCGUGAAUGAAGACGAGGUUGACAAAAGUGGAAGCAGCUCCAGGGGCAGUGUAGAUAGACAGGGAGGCCGAGACGCCCCUCGUUCGAGACGCCGGGAUCCGUCACCGCCCGUUCAGGCUUCGGAACGGACGCAAAAAGAGGCGACAGAUGGCGGAAGGUCGUCCGCGGCGUCAGCGUCCGUUGAUGACGAAAGUGCUAGACGACGAGAGGAAAGAAGCCGUGGGGCGGCGGCAGCGACGGAGACAGGGGUUGUCUCUCCAGCUGGAGGCGCCGUCUCGCCGACGGGCUCGCAGAGGAAAAAGUCGUCCCUCUCUGUCGCUUCCUCGCCAGCUGCACCUUGUUCGCGCUCUCGUUCCCCCUCGACAGGGGGCACUCUCAGGAGCCCAGUCCGAGCAACGCAUGCAGCGCUGAAGCCGCUGUCGCCUUCCAGUAUCCACGCAGAGAAGGACAAGAAGGCAGCAGUUGCUGACGCGGCCAGAGCCUCUCGAGGAGUCGAGGGGGAUCCAGAUGAUCUCGCGUCGCCCCUGACGCGCUACGGUUUGAAGGCGUGCAGAAGGACUGGCAUAUCCGGUUUGGCGUCGUCCUCGCCUUCAGUUGCAUCGCCCUCGGCCGACAGUGGCGCCUCGGCUGCAGCUUCGUCCAGCCCCGCCGGCGGGCGGCGUUCUCCAGCGGGUAGGCGUGCGGGGGGGGUCGCGACAUCGAGCGUCGCGAGCUCUUCGCGGAGAAGCUCGACGACGUCUCUGGUGGAGGGUCAGUCCACGCUUGGCUUGCGCAACUCGCCGGCGCUCUCUGCGGCUUCGGUGGACAGUUCUGCGAGCAGUGGAAGAAAGAGUCUCGCCUCGCUUCCAGCGGGAGCAAGCGGAGGGCCUGGAGGUGCUGCUCCAGCUCCGUACUUCACACGCUCUCGGCAGCCGCGCGCCGCAGGAGUAGAUUCGGCAGACAGUCUCUCGGCGACUGUUUUGGAGAGAGGUCAGGGUGAACACGACGAGGCUCCUGCUGCCGAAGUAGACGUUGGUUCGCCUGCAGCGUCUGCCAGUUCGUCCCGCCACUCAGGUCGCUACAGGAAGGCUGGAGCGACGAGCGCUCCUGGGGCCGGAAGUGCGGGGAAUUUUGCUUCAACCCCUAGAGGGUCAGGGGCGGCAGGCGAAGACGGCGCUGGUCCGCGCAGGGCCGCAGGCCACGGCAGUAGCGCGAGCAGUCACGUUAGCUCUAGAAGGGGGUCGGGAGACGUGCCCAGUUCGGGCGGACAAAUCAGCGAUCACGGGGAGAGAGAGAGGGACGCUGCAUCGGGCCAGUUGCGGCGGCCUGGUUCGUCUCGUUCAUCCGUUCAGUCACAUAUGUCAGCCGACCACGGUGAUCAAACAGACGGGGGCGAUCCUGCGUCCGCGGAGAGUGCGUCUCGGCGUGCGACGAAAAGACGUAUCGCGCUCUCCCGCACGACUUCGGAGGCAGGGGUUGUGAAAGCUACACGUCGGGGAGGAGGGCUUGGAGAUCAGGGGAGAGUGGCGUUGGCGGGCGCGCAGAGCAAGAGACCGCGACGCGCCGCUGCAGAGGGUGCAUCUCGAGCUUGGACAGAAAAGCAUGAGCUGGAAAGCCGCGUCGUUAAGCAUUCAGAAGAUGUGCGAGACGCCACCGUGUCAGACGUGGAAGAGAGAUCAGCGGCACGCGAUAGCGACGAAGAUUUCGAGCCGUAG